UUAACCCUCAUUUAGUCCAAACAAUCGACUCAAAAAUUGAAGAAUUAAAAAAAAAAAUAAAAUAAAAUAAAAUGAGGAAAACUACAUGCCUAUGCCUUCCCGGUCAAAGACUCUCUUUAUGUGACAAAACCCACGUUUCCGGACAAGGCACGUACGAACGACUAGGCUACAUUUACUCAAUGCUAGCGGGGACCGUGGACGUCGUUGAAAAGGACGGCAUCCAAAUCAUUGAAGUGCAUUCAAAAGGUGAGCAGACAGUGGUGCCGACACAGGGAGACAUAGUAACAGCCCAGGUGUGCGUGAUAUCGCAGCCGCACGCCAAAUGCGUGAUCAAAUGUGUGGGCGACACGGUCCUGCGACGACCGUUCAAGGGGGUGCUGCGUAAGGAAGACGUACGCGCCACCGAAAAGGACAGGGUGGAAAUAUUCAAGUGUUUCAGACCCGGGGACAUAAUACUGGCACGAGUCCUGCCGAUCACAGAAGCGCACAAUUAUCAGUUGUCGACGGCGGAGAACGAGUUGGGAGUGGUGAUUGCACAUUCGGAGUAUGGACAUCCGAUGGUGCCUGUGUCUUGGACUGAAAUGCAGUGUACGAAGACGUUCGUGAAGGAAGGCAGGAAGGUUGCUAAAGUUGUGCCGGAGAAUGUUAAAAGUUUACCCAGAAAUAAAAAGGAAAUAAAUACAUAGUAUCAGUUA